UGAAAAUGCAACUUUACGAUCAGGUCUGAAUAACCCAGAAAUCCUAUAUCCGCUGCAGUGACAGGCUUACAUAUACACACAAUUGUCAUUCUCUCUAAUCUGGAUCUCCUGAUCUGCACUCAGAUAUUUACAUUGUGCUAAUUGAAAAGGUGGGAUUGAGGCCAACCUAACCUGAUGAGAUGCAGUUGCUAGACACAACAGAUGCCCUUUAAGAACCAAUCGCUCCCAAAAAUAUCUCCCAGCCAAUCAUCAGGUUGCAACGUGCAGAGAGCCCAGAGAGCUGGUUAGGGUUACUCGCACUGCACUGGGAGUCUGCCUGGGGAACACACUUGGGAUCCUUCUUACGUAGUAACAGGCUUCUUGCAAUUCUGCAGCCAAAAUGGUCAUUAAGGUGUUUGUUGCUACUGUUGCAGGAUCCACUGCGAUAAAGAAGAAACAACAAGAAGUGGUUGGUUUUUUGGAGGCAAACAGAAUUGACUAUGAAGCCAAAGAUAUUGCGUGUAAUGACGACAACCGGCAGUGGAUGAGGGAGAACGUGCCUGGGGAGAAAAAGCCAAAGAACGGAAUUCCUCUUCCUCCCCAGAUCUUUAACGAGGAGCAGUAUUGUGGGGACUUUGAGUCGUUCUUUGAUGCGAAAGAAGGGAAUGAAAUCUUCGUGUUCCUGGGUCUAGCGCAACCUACAAGAUCAAAGGAAAUGGAGAUAUCACCUGACCUCCAAAAUGGAGAAGUCCCAGGAGAAGACAGCCAUAGUAGUGACACCUCCCCUGUAGCUGAGGAUAAGCCAGAAGAAAGCCAGGAAGAGGCCGCUGCAGCAGUGGAGGAGAAGCAGGAAGAAGAAGAAGCAGCAGCAGCAGCAGCAGAGGAGGUGGCAGCAGAAGCAGAUGAUGAGCAAGAAGGAGAGGAACAGGAAGAAGAGGGAGAAGAGGAAGAGGAAGAAUCAUAGGGAUCGGUAUUGUCCCUAUACUUUUAUUCAGGCUGCCCACAAUGAUAUCUCACAAAUGAACUGCACUUGGCGACUACAGACUACACUGCAAUUUGUUUCCACAAAGAAUAUUUCGGAAUCAUACAGGUUGGCGCUCUAGAUAAGGACUAAGUAAGAACUCCUCUGCAAAGCCUCUUUUUGGCACUUUAUCCUCAUUUCAACAAGGGCUUUUCACAUGAUUGUCCGUAUAACACUUUGCACUGAAUAUCCGCUGGAUUUGUUAUAACCUGGAUAUGUGAACUUAUAUUGUGAACACAAUUUGUAAUAAAGUUAGAAAUAAAAGUUGUAUUGUUUGUAA